AUGGACCAUCAUGCUGCAGAAGACAUUUAUCAUCUCAGAGAGAACCUCGACUUUUUUCAGACGCCUUUGGAUGCUGCACUGCGGGUAGUCGAGAUGCGGGGCGACUACCAGCUUCCGACCGGAUGGCGGUGGGACAGUGAGUGCGUCAACCGCUUUGAAGAGCUCCUGUCUUGGGCUGAGGAGCGCGCCGCUGCCAACGGCAUCACUCUGCCCUACCAGCAGCCCGGGUUCAAGCCUGAAUCAGUGAUGCCGCCGCUUGCUGAGCCUGAAGGCGAGGAGGAGCUUAGCUUUAUGGACUCGGAGACGCGCCAGUCCGUCACGAUUGGCACGGUCGGGCCCGUGUGCAGACUGUUUGUGCGCGGCGCCAACCACCUGCAUGUGCACGACGGCCACCACCUCGAGCGGAGUCUUGCGCGGCCGGCGGGCACAGGGCUGCUCUCUGUGUGCAACCAUAUCGCCACGAUCGACGACCCGCACCUUCUGGCCGCCGUCGUGCCGGCGCGGCUCCUCCUGCGCGGUGCGGCGGAGAUGCGCUGGGCGGUCUGCGGCCACGACGUGUGCUUUCGCGAGGGGUCGAUGCUGAAAAAGUGGGCCGAGGCCAGCAAGGCGCUGCCCAUCGUCCGCGGCGCCGGCAUCUGGCAGAAGGAGCUCGACACCAUCAUCGCAAAGCUGCAGCAGGGAGACUGGGUGCACUACUUUCCCGAGGGCAAGAUCCGGCAGGACGGGCGGAUCCACCCCUUCCGGCGAGGCGUCGGCCGGCUGGUCGCCUCGGUGGAGGAGCCGCAGCGGCUGCAGGUCCUCCCCUUUUACCACGUCGGCCUCGACCGCGUGCAGCCGACCACGCCCGGCUCAACCUCGAUCCUCUCGCGGCCGCAGCUGGGCACGCACAUACACGUCAUCUUCGGCGAGCCGGUCGACCUGUCGCACCUCCUCCAGCUGCGGGGAGAGCCGCCCUUCGACCAGCAGCCGACCCUCCUCUACGAGGUGAUUGCCCACACGCUCGAGGAGGAGGUGCGCGCCCUGCGCACCGAGCUGCACCGCCGGCUGGGCGGCGAGCUCGGAGCUGUGCCGCCCGAGGGGGGCGACUUUGGCUGA